AUCGCUGACCUCUGUCUUGACCUCUGGGUGUGCGCCGUGCAUUUCCAGGUACUUGAGGGCACACGAACAAUACCCAAUCAGAAGGCCAGCUGUGUGGAUUGUACGAGUCCUCUUCUUUCCUAUCAGCCCUAUACUCAGAUACAUAGACGCCUGGGUGUACGGGAGACGGGCAAGGAGGCACUGGAGGAACAAGAAUUACACCUUGGAACAGCGGAACUUCGAGAACUACCUGGUGGAGAUAGCGGAAGUGGCGUUGCUAAGGCUUGUUAUCAUUUUCCUAGAGGAUGCCCCGAUCGUUGUUCUGAAUCUUGCCCAGCUUCUACAAAUGCCUCCUUCGACCUUCCUGCCACCUUCGCCCGGAAUAUCCGCCGAACGAGAGGUUCUACAGGCGCCAGGAGCUUUAGAUUCAAUGCAAGGAGUCCCCAAGGGUGUUCUACAGGCCCAAGCAGGUUCCGAUCCCAUGAGGAGUAUUCAGGAAGCGGUAGUGGGUUCCAAUCACACGGGCAUCGCUGUCUACCCGCCCACCACGCCCCUGCCAGGCUACGACCCGUGGGCCAUCACCGUGCUAGCCGUGCGCCUGGGGUCAGUGGUAGCUAAGCUGACCUGCACAAUGACCCUUGGUGUCGUUCACUACAUAUCGUGUAACAAAUUAGCCUGGCAUUUAGCAAACACGUCAACACAGGGCAGGGCGGCGCUGGGGCAAGGCAGAGGGGUACAGGGGCAAGGGAGAGACGUCCAGGGGCAGGGUAGGGGGGCGCAGGGAGGCCAGGGGGUGCAGGGGAGGGGUAGGGGGAGAACAGGCACCACACAGCUGGCGUCCCCUGCUGAUACAAAGGGCGUCUUGUCUUGGACUGCUGAAGCGACUAUAUACUGCUGGCAACUGUUAGCUAUAGGGUCGCGGGUGGUGGCGUACGCUCUGCUUUGGGUCGUGUACUUUGAUUGGCUGUGGCUCCCCAUAUCAAUACGGUGGCUGCUACACGCCCUGUGGAUCUAUUUUGACGUAGCUGACAUGUCUCUCGUAAACUCUGUGGCUUUCGGAGGGAUAUACCUGUUCUCCUUUGUCACCACCUCCCCCGGCAGACAGAUCCUGCGUAUAGCCCUGUACUACACCAUCACCCUGUCGGAGCACCUCAUCAUCGCCCUGCUUUGGCACUCUGCAGCCCCAAACAACCCCUACCACGACCUUGGGAUCGCAAUAAUGUUCGGAGGUGCUCUUGGUGGUCUCCUCUUCCUGACUCUCUACUACGGCUGCUGUCACCCGGAUAAGGAGAAUACCUGGUUCUGGCACUGGUACAAGGAGAGGAAGAGCCGCACGAAGGCUGUGGGUGACAGCGGGUGACCGAGUGAUGGGUGACGAGGAAAAGGGAGUAGGUAGGUGAGCGAUUUGAAUGGGAAAAAGACCGGGAGGUAGAGAAAGAUGUGGGGAGGAGUGAGAGAGGGGUGAGAGAGUGAGAAAGUGAGAGAGUGAGAGGGGAGUGGGUAGGUGAGCGAUUUGAAUGGGAAAAGAUUGUGAGAGAGAGAGAGAGAGAGAGAGAGAGAGAGAGAGAGAGAGAGAGAGAGAGAGAGAGAGAGAGAGAGAGAGAGAGAGAGAGAGAGAGAGAGAGAGAGAGAGAGAGAAACUAAA